GGUAGCACCAGCACUGGGACCAACCAGGUGGACCUGGAGCACCAGGCACGAGCGGAAACGCUGGUUGUCGAGUUGCCCAAGUCCCUUGGAGCAGGGUCUGCAUUAGCCCUUGGCGCAUUCGGCACAACCCUGACGACGCUCUCACUGAGUCUUAUGGAAUGGCGAGGCGUUACUGUUACGAAUGCCUUUGUUGCCAAUUUCUUCUUCAUCGCGGCGUUUGGUUUGGUGAUCACGGCACAAUGGGAGCUGUCUAUCGGUAAUGGCUUUGCGUACACGGUUUUUAGUGCUUUCGGUCUUUUCUACGCCGGUUACGGAGCCCUCCUAACACCCGCCUUCGGAGUCGAGCAGGCAUUCGGCAACGAUACAGCGCAGUACAACAACGCAGUCGGAUUUUUCAUGAUCCUGUGGACGGUCUUCGUCUUUACAUUCCUGAUCGGGUCGCUACCUAGCAAUCUCGCGUAUAUAUUGGUGUUUUUCUUCGUGGACUUGGGCUUUCUUACUGUCGCGGCGAGCUACUUUGCCGCGGCGGACGGGCAUCAGGCAUCGUCAGUCGCGUUGAAGAAGUCUGGUGGUGCAUUUUGUUUCGUUGCGGGUCUUGUGGGAUGGUAUAUUGUGUUCCAUUUGAUGCUGAAGGAUUCGUUGCUGGAUCUCCCAUUGGGUGAUACUAGUCGCUAUUUUGCGAAGAAGAAGCGCACGUAAUUUGUAUAGAGGGAUUAUUUGGAUGUUCGACAUACGGAGUACAUAGAUAGGGCAGUGG